AUGGAAGUUGAGACAGGAGGUGGGGGCGCGCUACAAAAGGCUUCGUUGGAAGGUCACGGUGCGAUUGUAGAGAUUCUACUCGCGGCUGGAGCGAAUGUCAACGCUCAGGGUGGUCAUUACGGUAAAGCCCUACAGGCUGCUGCAUGGAGUGGAAGUGCUGAGACAGUCAAGAUCCUGCUCGACGCCGGGGCCGAUGCCAACGCCCAAGGUGGUGAAUACGGCAAUGCCCUACAGGCUGCUGCAUUCAGUGGAAGUGCUGAGACAGUCAAGAUCCUGCUCGACGCCGGAGCCGAUGUCAACGCUCAGGGUGGUCAUUACGGCAAUGCCCUGCAGGCUGCUGCAUGGAGAGGCAGUGCUGAGAAAGUCAAGAUCCUGCUCGACGCCGGGGCCGAUGUCAACACCCAAGGUGGUGAAUACGGCAAUGCCCUACAGGCUGCUGCAUGGAGUGGAAGUGCUGAGACAGUCAAGAUCCUGCUCGACGCCGGAGCCGAUGCCAACGCCCAAGGUGGUGAAUACGGCAAUGCCCUACAGGCUGCUGCAUUCAGUGGAAGUGCUGAGACAGUCAAGAUCCUGCUCGACGCCGGAGCCAAUGUCAACGCCCAAGGUGGUAAAUACGGCAAUGCCCUGCAGGCUGCUGCAUGGAGAGGCAUUGCUGAGACAGUCGAGAUCCUGCUUGACGCCGGGGCCGAUGUCAAUACCCAAGGUGGUGAAUAUGGCAAUGCCCUGCAGGCUGCUGCAUGGAGAGGCAGUGCUGAGACAGUCAAGAUCCUGCUCGACGCCGGAGCCGAUGCCAACGCCCAAGGUGGUGAAUACGGCAAUGCCCUAGAGGCUGCUGCAUGGAGUGGAAGUGCUGAGACAGUCAAGAUCCUGCUCGACGCCGGAGCCAAUGUCAACGCCCAAGGUGGUAAAUACGGCAAUGCCCUGCAGGCUGCUGCAUGGAGAGGCAUUGCUGAGACAGUCGAGAUCCUGCUUGACGCCGGGGCCGAUGUCAAUACCCAAGGUGGUGAAUAUGGCAAUGCCCUGCAGGCUGCUGCAUGGAGAGGCAGUGCUGAGAAAGUCAAGAUCCUGCUCGACGCCGGGGCCGAUGUCAACACCCAAGGUGGUGAAUACGGCAAUGCCCUACAGGCUGCUGCAUUCAGUGGAAGUGCUGAGACAGUCAAGAUCCUGCUCGACGCCGGAGCCAAUGUCAACGCCCAAGGUGGUAAAUACGGCAAUGCCCUGCAGGCUGCUGCAUGGAGAGGCAUUGCUGAGACAGUCGAGAUCCUGCUUGACGCCGGGGCCGAUGUCAAUACCCAAGGUGGUGAAUAUGGCAAUGCCCUGCAGGCUGCUGCAUGGAGAGGAAGUGCUGAGACAGUCAAGAUCCUGCUCGACGCCGGGGCCGAUGUCAACACCCAAGGUGGUGAAUACGGCAAUGCCCUACAGGCUGCUGCAUUCAGUGGAAGUGCUGAGACAGUCAAGAUCCUGCUCGACGCCGGAGCCAAUGUCAACGCCCAAGGUGGUCAUUACGGCAAUGCCCUGCAGGCUGCUGCAUGGAGAGGCAGUGCUGAGAAAGUCAAGAUCCUGCUCGACGCCGGGGCCGAUGUCAACACCCAAGGUGGUGAAUACGGCAAUGCCCUACAGGCUGCUGCAUUCAGUGGAAGUGCUGAGACAGUCAAGAUCCUGCUCGACGCCGGAGCCAAUGUCAACGCCCAAGGUGGUAAAUACGGCAAUGCCCUGCAGGCUGCUGCAUGGAGAGGCAUUGCUGAGACAGUCGAGAUCCUGCUUGACGCCGGGGCCGAUGUCAAUACCCAAGGUGGUGAAUAUGGCAAUGCCCUGCAGGCUGCUGCAUGGAGAGGAAGUGCUGAGACAGUCAAGAUCCUGCUCGACGCCGGGGCCGAUGCCAACGCCCAAGGUGGUGAAUACGGCAAUGCCCUACAGGCUGCUGCAUUCAGUGGAAGUGCUGAGACAGUCAAGAUCCUGCUCGACGCCGGAGCCAAUGUCAACGCCCAAGGUGGUAAAUACGGCAAUGCCCUGCAGGCUGCUGCAUGGAGAGGCAUUGCUGAGACAGUCGAGAUCCUGCUUGACGCCGGGGCCGAUGUCAAUACCCAAGGUGGUGAAUAUGGCAAUGCCCUGCAGGCUGCUGCAUGGAGAGGCAGUGCUGAGACAGUCAAGAUCCUGCUCGACGCCGGAGCCGAUGCCAACGCCCAAGGUGGUGAAUACGGCAAUGCCCUAGAGGCUGCUGCAUGGAGUGGAAGUACUGAGACAGUCGAGAUCCUGCUCGACGCCGGGGCCGAUGUCAACACCCAAGGUGGUGAAUAUGGCAAUGCCCUACAGGCUGCUGCAUGGAGAGAAAGUGCUGAGACAGUCAAGAUCCUGCUCGACGCCGGGGCCGAUGUCAACGCCCAAGGUGGUCAUUACGGGAAUGCCCUACAGGCUACUGCAUGGAGAGGCAGUGCUGAGACAGUCGAGAUCCUGCUCGACGCCGGGGCCGAUGUCAACGCUCAGGGUGGUCAUUACGGUAAUGCCCUACAGGCUGCGGCAUGGAGAGGCAGUGCUGAGGAAGUCAAGAUCCUGCUCGACGCCGGGGCCGAUGUCAAUACCCAAGGUGGUAAAUACGGCAAUGCCCUGCAGGCUGCUGCAUGGAGAGGCAGUGCUGAGACAGUCGAGAUCCUGCUCGACGCCGGGGCCGAUGUCAAUACCCAAGGUGGUGAAUAUGGCAAUGCCCUACAGGCUGCUGCAUUCAGUGGAAGUACUGAGACAGUCAAGAUUCUACUCGCGGCUGGAGCGAAUGUCAACGCUCAGGGUGGUCAUUACGGUAAUGCCCUACAGGCUACUGCAUGGAGUGGAAGUACUGAGAAAGUCAAGAUCCUGCUCGACGCCGGAGCCAAUGUCAACGCCCAAGGUGGUAAAUUCGGCAAUGCCCUGCAGGCUGCUGCAUGGAGAGAAAGUGCUGAGACAGUCAAGAUCCUGCUCGACGCCGGGGCCGAUGUCAACGCCCAAGGUGGUCAUUACGGGAAUGCCCUACAGGCUACUGCAUGGAGAGGCAGUGCUGAGACAGUCGAGAUCCUGCUCGACGCCGGGGCCGAUGUCAACGCUCAGGGUGGUCAUUACGGUAAUGCCCUACAGGCUGCGGCAUGGAGAGGCAGUGCUGAGGAAGUCAAGAUCCUGCUCGACGCCGGGGCCGAUGUCAAUACCCAAGGUGGUAAAUACGGCAAUGCCCUGCAGGCUGCUGCAUGGAGAGGCAGUGCUGAGACAGUCGAGAUCCUGCUCGACGCCGGGGCCGAUGUCAAUACCCAAGGUGGUGAAUAUGGCAAUGCCCUACAGGCUGCUGCAUUCAGUGGAAGUACUGAGACAGUCAAGAUUCUACUCGCGGCUGGAGCGAAUGUCAACGCUCAGGGUGGUCAUUACGGUAAUGCCCUACAGGCUACUGCAUGGAGUGGAAGUACUGAGAAAGUCAAGAUCCUGCUCGACGCCGGAGCCAAUGUCAACGCCCAAGGUGGUAAAUUCGGCAAUGCCCUGCAGGCUGCUGCAUGGAGAGAAAGUGCUGAGACAGUCAAGAUCCUGCUCGACGCCGGAGCCGAUGUCAACGCCCAAGGUGGUGAAUACGGCAAUGCCCUACAGGCUGCUGCAUGGAGUGGAAGUGCUGAGACAGUCAAGAUCCUGCUUGACGCCGGGGCCGAUGUCAACGCUCAGGGUGGUCAUUACGGGAAUGCCCUACAGGCUGCUGCAUUCAGUGAAAGUACUGAGACAGUCAAGAUCCUGCUCGACGCCGGGGCCGAUGUCAACGCUCAGGGUGGUCAUUACGGCAAUGCCCUGCAGGCUGCUGCAUGGAGAGGCAGUGCUGAGAAAGUCAAGAUCCUGCUCGACGCCGGGGCCGAUGUCAACACCCAAGGUGGUCAUUACGGGAAUGCCCUACAGGCUGCUGCAUUCAGUGGAAGUGCUGAGAAAGUCAAGAUCCUGCUCGACGCCGGGGCCGAUGUCAACACCCAAGGUGGUGAAUACGGCAAUGCCCUACAGGCUGCUGCAUGGAGUGGAAGUGCUGAGACAGUCAAGAUCCUGCUCGACGCCGGGGCCGAUGUCAACGCUCAGGGUGGUGAAUACGGCAAUGCCCUACAGGCUGCUGCAUGGAGAGGCAGUGCUGAGACAGUCAAGAUCCUGCUCGAAGCCGGGGCCGAUGUCAACUCCCAAGGUGGUGAAUACGGCAAUGCCCUACAGGCUGCUGCAUGGAGAGGCAGUGCUGAGACAGUCAAGAUCCUGCUCGACGUCGAGGCCGAUGUCAACUCCCAGGGUGGUCGAUAUGGAUCGCCUCUCUUGGCAGCUAUUUACUCGGGCCAUGCUGAUGUUAUUGACAUUCUUUUUCAUGCUGGCGCAGAUGUUGGCCUUGCAGAUGCGCUCGAUCAGACCCCUCUUCACAUUGCAGCUUCAAAAGAUAUGGCUCACCUUCUCUUUCGAUUUCCGCAACUUGCUUCAGCUAUCAACAAGCGCAACAAGCUCCUGCAAACCCCUCUCCACUUGGCUAUCUGCUUUGGCCACAUCCACUUUGCUAUAAAACUUCUUCAUCUUGGUGCCGACCCUUCUCUUCCGGACGGCUAUGGCAGACAUGCUAUGGACUGGGCUAUUGGGCAAGGAACUUUGAUGCGGGAAAUAGGUGAACGUUGUCCUCAGCUCCAAUUGACACCUCACGAAAUUCAAGAAUCAACUGUACAACAAUACCUCUUUCACCUCUCUGAUUAUCUUCCUGAGCUCAGCCCGAACUAUGCAUGGUUAACUUUGCAACAAUUAGCUCGGUAUUUCUUAUUUCUUGAUGACACGAAUAAUGCACGCCAUCUCUUUCAAGUUCGCCUUUUUUAUAAUAGCUCCCUUGCCACUCAUAUGUGCAAGGCUACCUGCAAUUUCUGCAAUAGGCCUAUCACUGGGCCUCGUUCUGUAUGCAGAAUCUGCGCAAAUAUGGAUAUCUGUUCUUCCUGUGUACUCAAGCACCCUUUUCAUCACAGAGUAAAUCCAGAUCACAAGCACGAAGUCUUUGAGGUUCCUGGCCUACCUGAUAAUGAGUCUCAACUCAGUGGACCAGUGUCACAGCAAUUGAUUUACUUCCUCAAUCAACAUUCUUAUAAGCCUCUCGGGAAAAACAACAGUCAAUCUGAGAUGAAGCUAUGGAAAGAUGCCUCAUAUUUACUAUCACGGGAAAAGAACACUCUGGUUCCAAACACUUCGUUAAAACCGGUAGUAAUAUUCUCUGCGAUCUUGUUCGGGCUGCUAGCUACUUUCUUAGGGACUUGGUACUUUUAG